CCGUGUCGCGCGCCCUCGCCCGCCUCUCUCGGCGUUGCUGUUUUGCGCAGAGGGGAGCACGCCGCUCGCCCCCCGGACCUCCGUUUCCCGCCUUCGCUGCCGGAGGCGGGCCGCUUUACCUGUUGCUUCAGCCGCCGCCCCGCCCGCUUCCCUCCGCGCGCCCCUUUCCCUUCCUUCUCCUCACCUGGCCCCUCCUGCCUUCCCUUGGAGACUCCGGAGCGCGCUCGCCUUUUGCCCUUCCGGUCAAGCCUCUUUGACAUACCUCUUCCCUUCUUCCGGCCUGCGUUGUCCCCGAACCUUUCUGCUUCCCGUCCCCAGUCUGUAGACCAGAGACCUUUCCACUUCCUCUCUUGCUUGGGCGCCUUCCGCUGAGCCCCUACAGCCUCCCAGCUUAGGCUUCCUGGACUGUGAGACCCUCCCACUCUCCACCUAGUUCUUUCAUUCAUUUUCUUCUUCCUCGUGACCCUUGCCCUGAUCUCCCCCCCCCCGCCAAUCCUCUGCCCCCUUCCACACCCCAACUUCCUGCCCUUGGUCUUCCAAUGCCUCUGCUGCUUCCUUCUAGCUUGCUCCACUUCUUCUGCCAUCAAUUUCCUGCCCAGUUGAAGCAUUGAGGGGAAUGGUCUUCUUUCAGAGGCUUCCCUGACUGUUCCCAAUGCUGAGGCCAAAGUGGAUGAGAUCUGUGCCCCCGCCUUGACCAUGGCCUUGGUGAGCUCCGAGGGAGCGGCUGAAGGGACCGCGGGGACCACCGGCCGUACCUCCUGCCCGCUCUGGACCGUGCUCUAUGACUACGAGGCCUCUGGGGAAGAUGAGCUGAGCCUGCGGCGAGGAGAAGUGGUGGAGGUUCUCUCCAAAGAUGCAGCGGUCUCCGGAGAUGACGGCUGGUGGGCUGGCAAAAUCCGCCACCGCCUCGGUAUCUUCCCAGCCAACUAUGUGACCUACCAGCCAGGACGCUACCAACAUCCCCCACUGGGAUUGCUGGAAAAGUCUGGGCAUGAAGCCCAAGCCCAAGCUAUGGGCGAUGGGCGUCCUGUCAGUGGUGAAGACCAUUUGGGUUCUCUAGAAGAGAUUAACUUCCAGCAUCUGGAACUGCAGGAGAUCAUUGGAGUUGGGGGCUUUGGCAAAGUUUAUAAAGCAACAUGGAAGGGCCAAGAAGUGGCCGUGAAAGCAGCACGGCAGGACCCAGAUGAGGACAUCAAGGCCACGGCAGAGAGUGUGAGGCAGGAGGCAAAGUUGUUCUCCAUGCUGAAACAUCCCAACAUUAUUGAGCUUCAUGGUGUAAGUUUGCAGGAGCCCAACCUCUGCCUGGUCAUGGAAUAUGCUAGGGGAGGACCCCUCAACAGAGCUCUGUCAGGAGCCUCUCCCUCCACCAGUGGGAAUCACUGGGGCCGUCGAAUACCACCUCAUAUACUGGUUAACUGGGCCGUGCAGAUAGCUCGUGGGAUGCUUUACUUGCAUGAAGAAGCCUUAGUAUCCAUCCUUCACAGAGACCUCAAGUCAAGCAACAUUCUGUUGCUUGAGAAGAUAGAGAAUGAUGAUAUUCAUAACAAAACACUGAAGAUUACAGACUUUGGCUUGGCUAGAGAGUGGCAUAGAACAACUAAAAUGAGUGCUGCGGGAACCUACGCAUGGAUGGCACCUGAAGUUAUCAAAUCAUCCAUGUUUUCUAAAGGGAGUGAUAUCUGGAGUUAUGGCGUAUUGCUGUGGGAACUCCUUACGGGAGAGGUUCCAUACCGAGGCAUUGAUGGUCUUGCUGUGGCUUACGGUGUUGCUGUCAAUAAGCUUACUUUGCCCAUUCCAUCCACAUGUCCUGAACCAUUUGCUAAACUAAUGAAAGUGUGCUGGGCUCAGGAUCCCCAUAUCCGACCACCAUUUACCUUGAUUCUUGAGCAGCUUACUGCCAUUGAGGGGGCUGUUUUGACUGAGAUGCCUCAGGAAUCUUUCCAUUCCAUGCAAGAUGACUGGAAACUGGAAAUUCAACAGAUAUUUGAUGAACUGAGGACCAAGGAAAAAGAGCUGAGGUCACGAGAAGAAGAAUUAACAAGAGCUGCUCUCCAUCAGAAGUCACAAGAAGAGUUGUUGAAGCGGCGUGAGCAGCAGUUAGCAGAACGGGAGAUCGAUGUACUGGAGCGAGAACUCAAUAUUUUGAUAUUCCAGUUAAACCAAGACAAGCCCAAUGUGAAGAAGAGAAAGGGAAAGUUCAAAAAAAGCAGAUUAAAGCUUAAAGAUGGUCACAGAAUCAGUCUGCCUUCAGAUUUCCAACACAAGAUAACAGUGCAAGCCUCCCCGAACCUGGAUAAACGAAGAAGUUUAAACAGUAACAGCUCUAGUCCACCAAGUAGCCCCCCAAUAAUUCCCCGUCUUCGAGCUAUACAAUUGAUUUCCAAAACUGACCCAAAUACAGCUAAUGGGCAAAGAAACAGUAUAUAUGUGUACCAUCAAGAUGUAGAUAUCACAAGCGAAUAUGAACUUCCCAGUGGGGUUAAGAAAAAAGUGACCUCGGAUGAGAGCAACAAAACGUGGGGAAGAAGCACAGUUUGUCAUCAGGAAGAAUUUGAAGAUGUCAAGCGAGGCUUCAAAAAGAAAGGGUGCACAUGGGGGCCAAGCUCAAUUCAAACAAAAGAGCGUACAGAUUGUAAAGAGAGAAUAAGACCCCUCUCAGAUGGCAGUAGUCCUUGGCCAACACUUUUGAUAAAGAAUCAGAAAAGUGUUCCUUUAGCGUCUUUGUUCAUAGACCAAGAGCAGAGGCUUUCCUCUGAAGGUCUGGAUACUAAGCGACCAAAGCAAUUAAAAUUGCCAAAUCAAGCCUACAUCGAUCUACCUCUUUGGAAAGAUGACCAAGGAUUUAAUUCUGCAGAACAGGAGAGCUCCGAAGAAAGAAAUUCAGCAAGUUCUGCAAAUAGCACUCCACAAAUGACCCCUACAAACAGCCUCAGCAGAACAUUUCAGAAAAAGAAAACGGACACAGUGCUUUAUGGGUGCGGGGUCCUCCUUGCAUCGGUAGCACUGGGCGUGGAUAUUCGGGAGCUGAACAGGUUUCAGGCUCCUGAAGAAGUACAGCCCAAGGAGGAAAAGAAAAGGCGUGAUGGAAUAUUUCAGCGAGCUUCCAAGUUUCACAGAAGUGCAAGUCCUGUAAGGUUGCAGCCCAAGAAGGAGGAAACGCACGUCCCAUCACUAUGUCCACCCACAAGUACUGUGAAUCUUUUCUCUCUUUCUUCUGCUUCCACUAAAUGCCUCCUUCAGUCUGACAGUGAAGAUACAAUUACGAGCACGCUGCCCUUUAACAGAGAUGCUCCCAUUAGAUGCUUCUUGGCAGAAAGUCCUGCGAGUAAAAGAGAACAAGUGGCCAAAGCUGAUCCUGCAGCUGAUUCUAAUGUGCCAUCUCCCCAUCUUCCUUUGAGGGAAGAAUCUCAAUUCAUAUCCAAUGCCUCUUCCUCAAAGGCAAGAGCUUUGGGUCACAGACGAACCGUGUCAGAUGGAAACCCAUGCCAUUCCAUAAGUAAUGGAAUUGCUAAUGGGGCUCCGGAGAGUGUGCCUUGCCCAUCUCUCCAGCAAAGAAGCAAUCCUUCACCUGUAAAGCAAGGAAUUGUCAACAUAAUACCAAGACCUCGACCCUCUUCUCUAAGAAGUCGGCUAGAUCCUUGGCAGGCUAUUCCACAAAGUCGGAAGUCAAGCCUUUUUGAAUCUGAUGGCUCAGAGGGUGAUAGAGGUUCAACGGUUCACUUACUGACAGACACUGAUGAGAGAACUAAAUCCCAUAUGCCAUCUUUGCUGGAUAUUGAUGUAGAAGGUCAAAACAGGGACUCGACAGUGCCUCUGUGUAGGUUGAAGAGUAAAGCGUGCCGGCCAUCAAUAUAUGAACUGGAGAGAGAAUUCUUGUCUUAAGUGCCUUGAUUUUUUUCCCCUGUGCCCUUUCUAAAGAAACGUUUUCUGUGCAUGAUAACUUUAUGCUACUUUCUCCCUAAUCUUUUUGACCAAUAGUGCUGGUAUUACACCAGGCAGAAAAAACAUUAAACAUAGAAAGAAUAUACAGUGGAAGGGUUGCUCUGCAACACCCAUAUGUGGUGUGAGUGUUUCAUAACAGUAUUCUGAAUGAAUAUGCGUGUGGAAUUCAUUUAAUUCCUCACAAUUUUAAUUUACCUUUACCUAGUUGCAAAACAGCAGGCCCUUUUUACCUUUGGCCUUUUCUCAUUAACAACUUGAUCUGCUAUAUCCUAAAGUCCCGUUGCAGCCAAUGGAAGUUUUGUCUGCGGGCAAAAGAAAAGUAGGAUUUUACCCAAGGAAUUACUUCUAAUCAGACAUGGAAUUGUUCAGAAGUAUGCAUCUUUUCAAUUCCCAGUUGAAACAUAGUUUAAUUGGGCAAUCCCCCCAAGGCAGUAACUGUUAAAAAUAAGAACUUUUAAGAACUUUCGCAAGGAGACCCAUCAUAUAAUGGUAAUGAUACACUGCAGUGUAGAUAUACAUGUGUGUGGUUUCCUUUUUUUAAAUAAAUAAAUAUUAAUAUUAACUUGAUCACAAUUUCCAAAAUCAGUCGUACUUCUGAGUAAGGUUAUGGGGAACAAAUGGAAAAGACAGGCACUUUCAAACUGACCCCCCCCCCCCCCCCCGGUUGCUCACUGUGCUUAAUCUCUUGUAGAACUGAAAAUGCUGUUAGAGAAUCAUAAUUACUGAAAAGGUUCCAGUGAAACACGUUUUGCUUUACUGUGCCAAUCAUAAUUUUCUGAAAUUCCUUUAUGGUCUUUUAAAGUCUAAUGUCUUAUAGAUCUGGAUUCUUAUUCAGCAUAUACUACAGUAUGUGAAACAGAAUACAGUAAGAAUUUUACAGUAACAAUUACCUAUUAAGAAAGAUGCAUUUCAAACUGUGUGAGCGAUUUUAUUGAAAUCCUGUUUUGGCCAGUUAUAACAUUAUAGUAUUCAUGUUAAAUAAAUUCUUGAAGGUAUUUUAAGAUACUGAGGCAUUGCUAAAAUGUAAAAUGGAUAGGUUUUCUGAAAUUGAUUCUUCUAAAUUAGAAGUUGUUCAGAAGUGGUGCCCUUUUGGUAGAUUUGAAUAUGAAGCAGAAAUGAAAUUGCUUUUUAAUGGAGCAUCGUUCGUAUUUUUACCUGUGUGUCUCCCUGUCUUAAGGACUUUGUCUGCAAUGCCAAGGACCCCAGUGCGUGAGUAGGAAGCCCUUGUUCUCACAUGUGUGCACGUGUGCUAGUCUUUCCUUUCUUUCUGUAGCUUUUGCACCACUUUGAGUCCCACUCCAGAAGGUCUUCUGACAUUCAAGAGCAUCGUGGGGAGGGGAGUGCAAAGAGCCCCCAGUGUGCAUGGGGAACACAAUACACAACCUUUUGGAUUCUACCCUUUAUUUCGAUCAUUAAGCGUAAGGUUUGACUGUGCAUUGUGAAUUAUGAGACAAUGGAAUCAACCACUGAAACUACAGUCCUCUAAUCCAAAGCCAUAGACGGCAUUCCAUAUUCAGCUAAGGUUCCAUAGCAAAAGGACAUGUUAGUUCUGAAGGACAUGAGCUGCAAUUGUACGUUGUAUUUUGCUGACAUGUUAAAGGUUUUCCGUUUUUAUUUGUUCAGAGUGGUGAACAAUCUCCUUGGGGCAGGGAGAGACUAAAGAGAAGAAAUGACAAAUGUUUCUUUGGACUUAAAGUAUUAUGUCUGCUCGAAAAUUUUAAGACACAUUGCCUGCUAGUUGUAAAUUGUGUGGUCUUUGUCUACUAGAUAGUAAUUAAGUUAUUUUAUUUGUUUAUUGAUUAUUGUUUCUCUUCAAAACGUUUUCUAUUUCUGUCAGUUUCUACUUUUGAAAAAACCUUAGGUGCUGCAUAGUACUUUUAAAAUGUUACCCCUUUGUAUUGGGUAGAGCAGGGGAAGAGAACAGUCUGGUCAGUGGGCCAGAUUCUUAUCAUCCCACCCUGCAAGCCAAAUUUGACAGGCGGGCAGGACCACUCACCUGCCAAACACCUGGUGUCACAGUGAUGUCAGUGAGAUCGUGGUUUGAAGUCCCGACAAUCUGCUGACACUCGGAGCCCUGUGCUACAUUUUGAAGCCUGACAAUCAGCUGAUCAGUGGUACUUCAAAGCAUAGAGCAGGGCUCUUUGAGAGCCACUUGCAAAGAGUUGGGGGGGGCACUUUGAAAUCUCAACAAUCCACUGCUUGUCAGGCUUCAAAGUGCUUGCAAAGAGCCCUGCGCUAUGCUUUGAAGUACUGUUGAUCAUCACCACUUCACAACCUCAGUACAGUUCUGAAGCGCUGUGCUUGGGGCUUCUGACAAUCAGCUGACUGGUGGCACCUUUUACCUGUCCACACCUGACAUCAUAUAUGAACCUUUAUCAUAGAAUCAUGGAAUUGUAGAGUUGGAAGGGACCUUGAGGGUCCUCUGGUUUGACCCCCUGUGAUGCAGAAAUACUGUAUGCCAGGCAUCCCCAAACUGCGGCCCUCCAGAUGUUUUGGCCUACAACUCCCAUGAUCCCUAGCUAACAGGACCAGUGGUCAGGGAUGAUGGGAAUUGUAGUCCAAAACAUCUGGAGGGCCGAAGUUUGGGGAUGCCUGCUGUAUGCAGAUGUCCCAUACAGGGAUAGUGGUGCUGGUUUUCUCAGCACUACUUUCUAACAAACUGAAUUACCCAGUGUCAUGUGAUUAGCAGGUGGUCAUGGCUUAGCCAAAUGGCCUGGAAAGCCAAAUGGGAAGGCCUGGUGUACCUAAUUAGGCCCAAGGGCUGGAGGUUCACCACAUCUGGUGUACAGCUCAAUUGAGAUUUUGCGCUUUAUCGUUUUAAAACUUACACUGAUUUAGUUCUUUUAUAUAAAAGAACUUGGGUGCAUAAGAAAGUCUGGGAAAGUCUUGCAUGUAGCUGGUGUGUAUAUUUGAAGUUUAAGAUAAACCCCUAGAGAUCCGGAGACCCUUUGUUUGGUCCUUUUUCUAGAAUGAGAGACUAGUUUUGGAUUGUGCAGUAAUACGCUAUGGAGUUUGUUUCUAUUUGCCUUCAUCAUGACUAUCUCAGGUUUCACAAUCAAAUGCCUUGUAAAUGUUUGUUAAAUCCAUUUUUUAAAAAAUUCUGUUUUCUCAAUUAAAGUUAAAUGGAUGCUCUGUGAAGUCCCAUUUAUUUCGGUGAGAGGAAGAUAAGUGCCUGCUUAGCACACUCAUUUAAAAUCACUGCAUUGCAUCCAGAGAAGAUCAUUCCGACCUCUGCUCAUACAACAAUGAUACAUACACACCCAGUACAGCCUCCACAAAAAGCCUGCAC